AUGAUGAUCCAGUUUAGGGACCUUGAUGUGCCCACCUGCAUCCGACUGGCCGAGCUCCUGGCUCACCUGCAGGGGAAAGGUGAAGAGGCCUGCCGGGAGUUCUACCGGGCGCUUCACCUGCAUGUGGAAGAGGUGUACUUCAGCCUACCCACGCGUCUCCGCCUCAGAGAUUCUAUAGACCCGUUCACGACUGCAGCCUCACCCACUCAGCAGAGAUAUGUGCUAAACGACAGAGGUCAUAUGUUCUUCCUGAGUUGUUUCAGUGUUGCAGUUGGGGUGGCUCUACUACAUUACUAUGGCGAGGCCAAAGUAACAAGGGGCAGCAGGGCUCUUGGCAUGGCUGCUCUUGGAUUGGGUCGACGAGCCCGAGAGGUUCUCAUAUGGUACACUGAAGACCCCAUCAGGAAGUAG